AUGGCUUCCCCUUUUCCCACCCCGGCGGACGCCCGGUGACUCAUCAUGUCUUCGCUUUGUGUCCAACGCCCUCAAUCCCGCAGCAUCUGCCGCGCUGCCCUCUCCGUUCCCCGGAGGAAAUGGAAAUGGAGGCGGGAGAAAAGUCACUAAUGGCUGCAUCACAUCAUUCAUUUGCAAAUGUCUACUUAUUCUUACACAUUUCAGAUUUCCCAAGAAAUGGAUAACAUCGUUGCUCAGCACCCGGGUCUAGUGAGCAAAGUGAAUAUUGGCCAUUCUUUUGAAAAGCGGCCCAUGAACGUGCUCAAGUUCAGCACCGGAGGAGACAAGCCAGCCAUCUGGCUGGACGCCGGGAUCCAUGCUCGCGAGUGGGUUACGCAAGCUACUGCACUGUGGACAGCAAAUAAGAUUGCCUCUGAUUAUGGAAAUGAUCCAUCCAUCACCUCCAUUUUGGACACGAUGGAUAUCUUCCUGCUGCCGGUCACAAAUCCCGAUGGAUAUGUGUUCUCUCAAAUCAGAAAUCGUAUGUGGCGGAAGACCCGGUCCAAGGUAUCAGGAAGCUCCUGUGUUGGUGUUGAUCCUAACCGGAAUUGGGACGCAGGUUUUGGAGGACCUGGAGCCAGCAGCAACCCUUGCUCUGAUUCCUACCAUGGACCCCGUGCCAACUCUGAAGUUGAAGUGAAAUCCAUAGUGGACUUCAUCAAGAGUCACGGGAGGAUCAAGGCCUUCAUUACCCUCCACAGCUAUUCCCAGCUGCUGAUGUUCCCCUAUGGGUAUACAUGUACCAAGUCAGAUAACUUUGAUGAACUGAAUGAAGUGGCCAAAAAGGCUGCCCAGGCUCUGGCCAGCCUGCACGGCACCAAGUACAAAGUGGGACCUAUCUGCUCAGUCAUCUAUCCAGCUAGCGGGAGCAGCAUUGACUGGGCGUAUGAUAAUGGCAUCAAGUAUGCAUUCACGUUUGAGUUGAGAGAUACAGGGCACUAUGGCUUCCUCCUGCCAGCCAACCAGAUCAUCCCCACUGCAGAGGAGACCUGGUUGGGCCUGAAGACCAUCAUGGAGCAUGUGCGGGACAACCUCUACUAGAUGAGGAGCCCCACUCAGUCUCCAGUUAUUUC